UAAUUGUUCUUUUAAAAUUGAAGCUGACAAAUUUGAUACAAAAGGAAAUAAAAUCGGUCCUUCUUGUCAUUGUGCUCGAGAGGGAGAUGAACAAUGUCAUGGGAUUGCAAAUAUGUUAGGUGGACCUGGAGAUUGUGAGAAUUGUUUUUCAUGUUCUCGUAAAAUGAAUAUGGAUAUGACAAAAAUGGAGCGUUUUGUUAAAAAAAGCAAUGGCGGUACUUAUAUUGUUUCCUGUGACAAUUAUUUGUAUGCUAACACUAUCAUACAAAAAUUCAAUCCAAAAGAAGAAAUUUUAGUGGAAUUUAUUUUAGAAAUUACUGAAGAUGAAAUUAUCAGUAAAUAA